UUUUUAUUUUCAGCAAUAGGGAGGUUAUGCGAGAAAUGUGACGGCAAAUGUGUAAUUUGUGAUUCUUAUGUAAGACCUUGUACUCUGGUUCGGAUUUGUGAUGAAUGCAACUAUGGAUCUUAUCAAGGCAGAUGUGUUAUCUGUGGUGGACCUGGUGUGUCUGAUGCCUAUUAUUGCAAAGAAUGUACAAUCCAAGAGAAAGAUCGUGAUGGUUGUCCAAAGAUUGUAAAUCUUGGGAGUUCAAAGACUGAUCUAUUUUACGAAAGGAAAAAAUAUGGGUUCAAAAGAAGAUAAGGACUGGUACCAACAAUUUUUGACGUGUACAAAAUGUUUCUAAUGUUGCAAAUAAACAACAUUUUUUAUAAAAUUGUAAUAAUAUCUAUUUUUUAAUUUAAAAACUUAAUUUCAAAUUCGUGAUCAUACAAUCUUUUUGUUACAAAAUGUGUGUACGAAUUAACGUUCUUGUAAGUUGUAAAGA